GCUUGAAACCACGAAAGGGUUCGGACGGGACCGGGAGACGAGGAAAUAUGAGGUUUCCACUCUUGUGGCUGUUGAGUCUGUUUGCAGUGGUGAGAUACUGCAGUGCAGUUGCUGAGCCGAGGGAAUGCAUAGCGGCGGGAAUCCAAUGCCACCCCAACGCCGACUGUCUGAAGGUCACAAACAACUUCACCUGCGUGUGCACAAUGGGAUACCAGGGAGACGGUCUGGUGUGCAGUGAUAUUGAUGAGUGCCUCAGUGGCCUGCACAGGUGUCACCCGAUGGCGCGCUGCAAUAACACCCUAGGCAGCUACAGCUGCUUCUGCGUCGCUGGGUACAAUGGAGAUGGCACCAACUGCCAGGACAUUGACGAGUGUCAAAAAAAUAACGGAGGUUGCCAUACCGAUGCUGUCUGCACAAACACGGAGGGGGGGCGACAGUGCCAGUGUAAACUUGGCUUCAAGGGUGAUGGCUUCGAGUGUGCGGACGUUAAUGAGUGCACCAAACAAGGGACCUGCCACUGGAACGCCACCUGCACCAACAACCCUGGGUCUUACGUUUGCACCUGUAAUGCUGGAUACAAGGGCAACGGAAACUACCUGUGUCUCGAUGUGGAUGAAUGCUCCGAGACCCCUUUUGUGUGCUCUUCCUCGCUUGGCUACAAAGGCUGUAAAAAUCUGCCAGGGACGUACCGCUGCACGUGCAGCAGUGGCUUUGAAAGUAACGGACAGAGCUGCGUGGAUAUUGACGAGUGCGCGGCCAGUACUUGCAGCCUGUAUGCAGACUGCGUGAACACCAUGGGGUCGUACAGGUGUACCUGCAAAGCGGGGUUUGUGGGAAAUGGGCUGACCUGCGCGGAUGUAGAUGAAUGCAGUGCAGCCAAUGAAUGCGACCCCAGCGCCGCUUGCAUCAACAGGCUGGGCAGCUACGAGUGCUCCUGUCUGGAAGGUUUUACCGGAGAUGGACGACGGUGUGAAGACAUUAACGAGUGCGCGAGAGCUGACACCUGCCCUUCCACCACCACCUGCGUCAACACCGGCGGGUCGUAUUACUGCGACUGUGGCACUGGCUUCUUCUUCAACACCUCCAAGUGCAGCGAUAUUGACGAGUGUGCGACAGGCCGCUGUAGCCCCUACGCAGAUUGCACGAAUUCGCCUGGUUCCUUCUCUUGUCGGUGCAUGGCAGGGUACAGAGGGGACGGUUUCAACUGUGUGGAUGUGGAUGAGUGCUCACUGACCAAGCAGUGCCACACCAACGCAGUGUGCCUCAACCUUCCCGGCUCCUACAACUGCACUUGUCGGAAGGGGUUCUCUGGAGACGGGGUGACGCAGUGCAGUGACGUGAACGAGUGUCUGGUAGAUAACGGAGGUUGCAGAAACAAAGCCACCUGCCUCAACACUCAGGGUUCCUUCUCUUGCCAGUGCCUGCCAGGUUUUGUCUUGAUUAACAAGACUCUCUGCCAAGAUAUAAAUGAGUGCAAUGAGACGCUGAGCAAUCCAUGUGGAGUGAACGAAGUGUGCAGAAACACCGAUGGAUCGUACGAGUGCCCCUGCCGGACCGGGUACUACCGCCCUGCCAGCAACAUGGGCUGCGUUGAUAUGAAUGAGUGUAGAGACGACCCAUGCCACGUCAACGCCACGUGUCUCAACACCGUCGGGUCGUACGCUUGCACCUGUAAACGAGGCUUCAUGGCGAACGGCACCCAGUGCGUGGAUAUAGACGAGUGUUCCAGGAAGGGAACGUGCCACGCUCAGGCCGUAUGCACCAACUUUAUGGGGGACUUCUCCUGCUCCUGUCAUCAGGGCUUCUCAGGGGAUGGCUUCUCCUGUCAAGAUGUGGACGAGUGCUCCGCGUCUAACGCGACCUGCCCUGCCUUCUCAGAGUGCAUCAACUCCCCGGGAGCUCACGUUUGCUCUUGUUUGAAUGGUACAAUAGCCCUCAAUGACACCUGUGUGCCCCCUAGUCCGCUGUGUGACCCCAGUUGCCACAGUCAUGGCCUGUGCCACAGUUCGUCCACUGGAUACCAGUGUGUUUGUGACCUGGGCUUUGGCGGCGAUGGACUGACCUGCUAUGACAUAGAUGAAUGUCAGAGGGAAAAUAUCUGUCUGCAAAAUGAAACUGAAUGUGUGAACAUUCCUGGAUCAUAUUCCUGUGUCUGCAAGCAAGGCUAUACUCUCAAUGGAACGCAGUGUGUUGAUGUGAACGAAUGUGAGACAGGGCUGCAGGAGUGCAGUGAGUUUGCCCAGUGUGUCAACACAAGAGGCAGCCAUUCCUGCUUAUGCCUCAGCGGUUUCACAGGAGACGGGAAGAACUGCUCAGACUUUGAUGAGUGCCAAGUCCAAAAUGGAGGAUGCCACCCAGUUGCCAGCUGCACUAACGAGCCUGGAUCUUUCGCAUGCGCCUGCCCACGUGGCAUGGAAGGCAAUGGCUUUGACUGUCGGGAUGUGGAUGAAUGCGAGAGGAACUCCUCCUUGCCAAACAACUGCAGUGCCCAGGCGUUGUGCCUCAACACCAACGGGUCCUACCACUGCCAGUGCCAAGAUGGAUACCAGGGUGACGGCUUUGUUUGCGAUGAUGUGGAUGAAUGUCAACUGGCCGCAACCUGCAGCGCAAACAUGACCUGCAUUAACAUUCCCGGUUCCUACAAGUGUUCAUGUGUCUUGGGAACGUUGUACAAUGAGGGCACAUGCGUGAGUGAAGCCACCUGCCUGAACGCCAGCAGCAGCUGCCACCCACUUGCCAAGUGCCACCCGUACCAGGGCUCCUUCUACUGCCAAUGCACUCAUGGGUAUGAAGGAAGUGGCACCGUCUGCACGGAUGUGGACGAAUGCAAACAGUUGCGUGACCAAGCCUGCCCUGCUUUCUCCUAUUGCUUCAACACAAAUGGCUCCUACAUCUGCGACUGUUGGGAUGGCUUUCAAGAAAAUGGGACACACUGUCAGGACAUAGACGAGUGUGCGACGGGGAACUUCACCUGCCCUGACAACAGUACUUGUACUAACCUGGAAGGGAGCUACAACUGCACCUGUGACCCGGGCUUUGCAGGAAAUGACUCCCUAUGUUUGGACAUAAAUGAGUGCUCCCUCGGCUUGUACCAGUGUCCUAACUUCUCCAGCUGCAUGAAUACAGUCGGGUCGUCCGUAUGUGAGUGCUGGGAAGGCUACCAAGGAAACAACACCUUCUGCGAGGAUAUCGACGAAUGCCUAGACAACUCCACCUGCCCUGCUCACAGCAUGUGCAUCAACACCAUCGGAAGCCACCUGUGUUUUUGUGACUCAGGGUUUUCCAGCGUCGGCGACUUGUGUGUAGACGUCGAUGAAUGCGGUGACAAAGAGCUGGGGGAGCUUUGUGCCAACGGGACAUGUAUGAAUGCUGCCGGCUCAUAUUACUGUGAAUGUGACACUGGAUUCUGGAGUAAUAGGACAGAGUGUCUGGAUGUGGAUGAAUGUUCAGACUCCCUCAACUCUUCAGUUUGCCAGCGCUAUUCCACAUGCGUCAACAUCCCCGGGUCUUACCAGUGCCCCUGCAAUGAAGGUUUUAUUCUGAAUGGUACAGAGUGUCAGGAUGUAGAUGAGUGUCACGACCCAGGCGGCGCACCAUGCCCUGAAAACUCAUUAUGUACCAACACAGUAGGGAACUUCUCCUGUCUCUGCGCCCCUGGCUACAAACAGACUAGCUUGGGCUGUGAGGAUGUCGAUGAAUGCGAGAAUAACACCGCCUGCCGCUCUGACGAGGUGUGUGCAAACCUGCCCGGAGCAUAUAACUGCUCUUGCCCUUCGGGAUAUCACGAGCAGAGGGAGGCGUGUGUUGACACUAACGAAUGUGAAAACUCACCUUGCCACCCGUUGGCACGUUGCUGGAACACACCCGGCUCCUUUUCGUGCCACUGUCCCACGGGCUUUUACGGGAACGGGUCCUGGUGCAACGACGUGGACGAGUGCGUCGCCCUGACCAAGCCGUGCCACCCUCUUGCUCGUUGCCACAACACCCCCGGGUCAUUCGUGUGCGCGUGUUCGCCCGGCUUCAUGAGUAUCGGUCCACUGUGUGUAGACACCGAUGAGUGCCAGCAGAAUAAUGGUCAGUGUCACUCUGCUGCCACCUGCAUCAACCACGUAGGAGGCUUCAAAUGCUCGUGUAACCGUGGGUGGAAUGCCACUAAAAGUAAUGGUCAUGGAAAAGGAGGAUGUGUGGACCUGGAUGAGUGUGUGUCACAGACACCGUGUCCUAGACAUUCGUCCUGUACCAACCUGCUAGGGUCAUACACCUGUUCCUGUCCAAGAAACAGCACAAUGUGCACAAACAAGGAGAGCACCCUGUACCCCUAUGGGCCAGAGGCUGGAGAUGGACAAGUAAAAAUAGACUCAGAGGAUGGAAACUCCCCAUACAUCACACCACCGAUGGGUUUCCCUUUUCUGGGGAAACUGUAUGACAGAGUUUAUUUUUCUGAUAACGGACUCGUCCAGUUUCAAUCUUUGGCUGAGAACGAGCAGUAUCUGCUCCCGUCUCCCUCGGCCACCGGCUUCCCCAGCGACAUGAAUGUGUCUCUGCUGGCGGUGUUCUGGGACGACGCUGACCUCACCCAUGGGGAAGGAAGGCUGCACUAUCAGGAAUACCAUGAGCCGGACGUGUCGAAUGUCUACUCCCAGAUAGUGUUCAACCGUACAGCCGAAGAAGUGACGAAGUUUGAAGCGCUGAAGAAAAAGCCUGCCUUUAUCCCAGCCUGGAUCCUCAAGAUCACCUGGGACAACGCGAUGCCCGUCUCCUACCAGAAGAUCAACUUCUCAGAGAGUAACACUUUCCAGUGUAUCCUGACCACGGAUGGAGCGCGCUCCUUCGCCCUCCUGCGUUACGGGGUGAUGAGCUGGGGCCCUGGCCAGAGGCAGCACCACGACGCUCUCAUCGGCUACACCGACGGAAAAUCUUCCUUCAAGGAGAUCACUGUCCCUCCAGAAAACCUUUUCGGACCCGGGGGCAGAUACAGGCCUCAGCAGGUGAUAGGAACCAUGGGUAAUUUAGGCCAGCUGGUGUACGACUUGACGGGGCCGUCGGGGUCGGAUCCAAAAAUCAGGUGCAAGGCGUGGGCGGCGAAGGAGCCUGACCCGGCUGGGUGGACGAAGGUGCUGCCUUCCUGCCCCUGCACCCGCACCCAGGCUCUGGAGGACCUGUCGUUCAUGCAGGACGCCACCGAUCCGGAUCCGAGGGUGAAGGAGCUGAGGGGUCAGCGGUGGGGGGGCACUGGAGGACACAUCUUCCAGUCACUGUUGCCUAAUAAACACGGCUCAGGGAAGAGGUGUGUGUACGAACCGGAUGGUCCUCUGGUGGCUGGAUACAACGAACGCUACUUCACUGAGCAAAGCGCGCAGAAACAUAUCGACGAAGACCUCCUACCAUUCCAGUGGUGUUGCAUCGAGUCUCCUCUGUGCCACCUUUACCUCAGCAAGAGACCCCUGGACCGUUGCCAAGGUUACAGCUGGGGCGGCCCAGACGGCUGCAGCCACUCAAAGGCGUCAACGCAGGGUGUAGCGAUGGUGUACGGCAGCCUCCAUUUCGUCACGUUCGACGGGACCGACUAUUCCUUCAAGGCCCUGGGAGAGUUCGUGAUAGUGCGACUCUCAUCCAGCACCGGAUCCAAUAUCUUCACCCUGCAAGGGCAGACCGACAAGCUGCACGCAGACGCAAGGGGGAUCGCUGAAGUCCCCGUGGUGGUGCGCAUGGCUGCCUUCCACCAGGGCAUUGGCAAGAUCGAAUGGAGGUGCUCAGAGACGGGCGGUGGACUGCAGUUGUUGGUGGAUGACGCUGAGGUUCCGGUGACCGUUGGUGUCGUGCACCUGGGUGAGAGGGACUUUGCUGUGCGCUGCGAGUCGGUGAAUCGCUGCGCUGCCGUGUACGCCAGCGGCCUCCACGCGGUGGUCUGGAGGACCGUAGGCUACAUGCAGCUGUCGGCCAUGGUGGAGGUGCCGCAGACCUUCUACAACCGCACCGUGGGUCUCAUGGGCUUCUGGAGUACCAACCGCUCCGAUGACUUCCUCAUGUCCGAUGGAAAGACCCUCCCAUCGACGGACCUCAACCCCCCUCCUGAGGAGAAACUGUAUCUCUUUGGCCAGUCCUGGUCGGUGCCAGGCCCAGAGAGCAUGCUGUUCUCCACGCCUCCACAGACUCCGCUGAAGUCCGUCUCCACCGAGUCCCUGCUGGAAAGCGUCAGUCCCGGCGAGGUGGAGGAGCUGAGGCGAACCUGUAAAAACAGCAUGCAGUGCAUCCACGACACCCUGGCGACCGGCAGCUCCGACCUGGGCCAGCACACUCUGGACGCCCAGACGCAGUUCCAAAACCUGGCUCUGAUCUAUGGGAACAUGCCCCCCCUGGUGACGGAGCCCAUGGUGAUCCACGGUCAGGUCAACUCUCAGGUCAACACCCAGAUCAUCGCUCAGGACCCCAACGGAGACCCCAUCGCGUUCUCGCUGCUCUUUCCCAGGCCUCCGGGGGCUUCUGUCAGCAGAGGUGACGGCUACCUGACCUGGACGCCGCUCAGCACCGAGCCCGUCCAGCUGACCGUCAAAGUCAGCGACAAGCUCACCAGCUCCCUGUUCACCCCGAUCCUGCGCGUCUGCAACUGCCUCAACGGAGGAACCUGCCAGCGUGACAGCAUUGUCGAAAACCACCAGAAGGGAAAGUUCCAGGUGGUGGGGUGCCUCUGCCCGAAAGGAUUCAGCGGGAAGUCCUGCGAGAACACCACAGACAUAUGUCGAGGCAAACCCUGCUUCCGAGGAGUGCGGUGCCAGCCAAAGUCAGAGCCGGGCCAGUUCACCUGUGGAGAGUGUCCUAAAAACACCGUGUCUCAGGGAAAAGAGGGAUACAAGUGCUUUGAGCAUGACAUGUGCAGCCCUCCUUUCCCCUUCCCCUGCCACAAAGACGCAGAGUGUCGCAGCACGAAACAAAACUACACCUGCACAUGUAAGCCUGGCUUUGAGGGCGACGGACGCAACUGCACAGAUGUGGACGAGUGCGCUGCGCUCAUGUCCUGUGAGAACGCCAAGUACGAGUGUAAGAACAUGCCCGGCUCUUUUCAGUGCCUCUGUAGAUAUCAAAACGACAAGGACACGGAAGGAUGUGGUGACUCUCCCAAUCCUCCAGGGCAUAACAUGUUCAACGUCUCUUUGGGCUGGAAGACGAACAGGGCUGAUGGACUCCAACAGCUGGAAGAAAUUCUGACCCGGGGUUUCAGCAACAAAUUCUACAACAUCAGCAUGAAAGAGCAGGGAUCCAAUCAGGGCCAAGAAGAAUAUCGUCUCGCCGUCUCCAGUGACACGCCGCACUGGUACAUCAGGGACUAUCUGGCCCGAGUCAGCAGCCACUACUCUUUCAAAGACGUAGAAGUUGAUGAUCUGGAUGAGUGUAAAGCGAAGGAGGCAGUGUGCGUCUAUCCCGCCCUCUGUUCCAACACCUAUGGAAGCUACAGGUGUGUUUGCAACGGCACAACCGAUGUGGAUGAAACCCAGUCCUGCGUAAUAGGCCGAGGGGAAGUGAGCGACGAAGAGGUGGACCUGGUCCUGGGUCUGGUCCUGGGCAUCGGUAUCCCGCUGCUCCUGCUGCUGCUCCUGGCUGCUCUGGCCUGUUGCUGCUGCCGCAAGAAGACCGUCACUGGAGACCUCCCCCACUUGUUGCCGGACUACAUCCAGGAGCAGCGCAACCCCCCACCCUUCAACUAUUCCGACCCGGCCCUGCACUACAUAACGCACUGCAGCCCUCGGAUCAUAGACAACGUCACACCCAGGCAGCGCACCAGAUAGCACACGCUGUGAGAGGGCGCGCGCGCGGAAAAUGAAAAUGCACAGGUUUACAAAACACAAGCACUUUUUGGAGCCACGGUGCGCGUUUUUACAAAGACAAAGAUGAAUGACUCUUAUUUAUAUUGUAAGAAGUAAUUAAACCUGAGUGACUUUUAAGGUCGAUUAUUUCCAGUCCUCUCCGCUGAGUGAUGGACCCGCCAGGUUUGAGCUGGAGGUUUUUUUUUUUUUUAUUUUGUUUUGUUUUACGCCUGGACAACACUUUCAGAGUCAGAGUCUGACCCAGCAGAACCCGACAAUCUGUUGGCUGGAGACGCUGAUGAAAAGUAAACCACUGCAGUAGUCCACGGCUUCCAGCUGAUACGAGGCCAACAGCCUCUGUGAUUGCAACAUUAGCAUUUGCCAGGAUACCUGUUGUCGGGCUCCUCUGUUCGUAAUUAGAGUCAGUAUCAAGCUGGUUGUGGUUCUCGUCCAGUUCCAUAUUUGGAAAACCAGCAUCAAUCAUAACCGGCAAAACAAAGAUUUAUUUAGGUGUUAUUAUUUUGCAAACACAGCGCGGGUGUCACCGUUUCCUAAAAUCAUUCAUGCGCUUUGGAAAUUACACCAAAUUAUUAUGCGUUGCUGGAUUGUGCCACGUUCAAUUAAGACAACAGUGAAAUUAAGUGUUUCACCUGCAAGUAAAACUAUGUGUAAACACAAUGGAAAUGUAUAAAUUCCACUUAAGCGGCGUCAUUUCCAGAGAGAAUGAAAUACAUCCUGAAACUGUAAGGAUAAAAGUUUAAACUGAGGUUACAUAUCAAUCUGAAGCUGUUGAAUAAUUUCGUAAGUCUAAAAAGAGAUCACGCUACAAUAACCACUUCCCCAAAAACAUGUUUAAGCCUCUCACAAGCUCCAAUCAAAGACUUGGAAUUAAAGAACAGCUCUGCUUCUACAAUAUCGGUAAUAAAUAUGCAUCAGAUUCAGACUUAAAGUCUUGAUUUGCCACUGACUGUAAGUGCAUCAGUUGUUUGUAUGAGUGGUCACUUUAUACAGAUAAAGUAUAACUGAAGUGGAGACGAGUGCCAGUAUCAGAUUUGUCGUUAAUAAACUACCUAAGUGGUAAAAUGUGCCAUUGAUUAACUGUAUUUGAAUCAGGACGGUGUAUUAGAUUAUUGGACCAUUAUUACUAAUGCGUUACCAUGUGACAGAAUAUUAAUGCUGCAGUGGAAGAGAAAAGAGCUGAUCUUAACUACUUAAAUACCGGAUGAUGAGGAUGAGGAUUACCGCCCCGUGGAUAGUGAUCCCUAAGGAGCCUUGUUUACUGUCGGUCCAUUGGUUGUCUUUUAAAUCGCUGGACUUUUAUUUAGACGCCACUAAAUGUUGGGGCCCUGGGUCAUUGCUUAAUCUCCCCAGUCUUCAAGAGUACAUCACAUGUGCAAAUACACCGAUCAGCCACAACAUUAAAACCACCGACAGGAUAAGUAAGUAACAUUUAAACCGUCUUGUGACAAUUUACUGUUCUUUUGGGAAACGUUUGGACCUGGUAUUUAUCAGACCAGACCAGAUACCCCCACCCCAUAGUAAUGACACGUCUUGAUGGCAGCAUAGACCUCCCCCCUUGACCCACAGGACCUAAAGGCCCGGCAUGGUGAUGCACUAUGGCCUCACAGCCACAAGGUUUUAGGUUAUCGUUCAGCUGGCCGGGGCCUUUCUCUGUGGAAUUUGCAUAUGCACGUUUUUUCUCUGCAUGUUCCAGUUUUAUCUCAGAGCGGCUUGCAUGAAAAGGGUGACUGAACGCCACGUCUUAGCCAGUGUAAGCUGGAACAGGCUUCAGCCUCCCC